CCGGUUAGCCCAUUGUUAGCGUGCUAGCUAGGAAACUGUUACGUUAACUAUUUAUCUCACGUUAGUUAGCAGUUAUCGUUUGUUUAGCGUUUAUAAAACUAUUCCAGAAGCCAGCUGAGGAGGAGAAACUUAACCUAGCUAAGAUGUCCAUAGACAACAGAAAGAAGCCAACGUGUUCCUCCAACUCUGGCAAUUCAGUUCACUGGUCCUCCUCGUUCCCGCGGCAACCAGCCAGGGUCCUGAUCGUGGAGGCACUGCCACCGUGGUGGUCAGAGACCUGUACGGUGCUCUGUGAUGCUCUGGAGAACUUCCUGUCCCUGGCCUGUAGCCUGGACGGACCCUGUAGGAUACCACUGCUCAGCCUGUACGUCAUCAGCAGGCAGCAGGAAUGUCUACUGCCAUUUGUGCAGGUUCGUGGUAACCUGGCCAGGCUACGUUCCUGUGUCGAGGAGCUGAGGACUAUUUCAGGUGAAGGUUGUAUCAGAGGAGCAGCCAGAGGAGGCGAGCUGCUGCGUCAGGCAGUGCUGGACAGUCUACAGCAGUUUAAACAGUACAUUAGACAUAUCAGUACUGACAAGCAGGCCAGCAACAACAUAUCUGUAGAGGUUACUGUGGUGACCAGCCAGCCAGGACGGGGAAUCGUUCACCAGUUGGAGACGGGGCUCAAAGACACUGACCUGGUGUCACUGAAGCGUCUCCUGGUGGUGCAGAUCUAUCGUGCUGCAGACUGGGGACAGGAAAACCACUCACCUGAAGCCACACACCCAGGGGCUGAAGAGGUGUUUGAGGUGCUAAAAACAGGAUACUGA